GCUCAAGCCGUGUUUUAAAAAUAUUACAAAAAAGUGUUUAUCGAUUUGAUAAAUCUCUGUAUAUAGAUUGUCUCAACUAUUCUUGUUGAUUUUUAUGUGCAUUAGAACACAAUCAACGUUUGUCGUGGAACUCUUCACCAUUCAAGUUGACGGGGAACCGUUUUGCGGUUACAACAGACAUAAUAAGUUCGGAGCGUGGAAGGACAUAUUUUGAAAUAAUCAUGAUUAGCUACAUAUCCCGCACCUUGCAUGUAGCUCAUAAUUCAUCAUUUAAUAUAUCUGGGUCGCGUAUUUCACUAAUAGAUUGUAACACGGCUACCUUUUCAGUUUUAAGGGGGUCCAGUGUUUGUACGACAAAAUACUUCAGCACAAGCUCAGUCAAAUUGGGUGAAAAUGCACACAACUCCAAUAAUGCAGAUAAAGGGCCUGAUCCCACAGAAACCAAAACAGUGAAUGAACAACCAACCCAAGAACCCAGUGAAGUCAAACUUCAUGAGCCAAAUCAUGGCGACAACGUAAAAAAGAAUUAUGACGUUAAGGGAAAAGAAGUUUCGCCUGUUGCAGCCAAGAGUGGGAAAGAGAAUCUACUUCAUCUUCUGCGAGCCAUGAAGGUGGAUGUCACCAGCAAGAGGAGGUUAAAAAACGAGAAAGUCAAGCAAAGUCUCUCCCAGUCUCAGUCCACACCAGCUUUGAAGAGCACCAUCAGCAUGUUUCAAAAGGCUUCAGAAGAGGCUUCAGCUAAAACCCACUCAGUGGAUCCAGAACUGCUUGCAGCCGCUUCCGCUGCUGCUGCCACUCUUCCUAAUCGUGUCAAUGCAGAGUCUGAGCUGCUCAAGCAACUGAGGCAGCAUGAGGCCAUCACCGAGGCUCACAAGAAGGGUGACGUGAACAACCUGGGAGUGAUUAUAGCUGAUAUGAAAGUGGGGAGGAAUUCCAGUCGACAGAACGCUUGGCCAGCCAAUCAGAUCCGUUUUGAUGAUGAUGGCCGGGGCUACUCACACGAUCGAGGAAUCGCUGCAGAGCUGGACAGCGUUCGCAGAAAGAGGAACUUGUUCACAGGGAGAAGACUCAACAUUUUCUCAUUCACGACUGAUGAAGACAAAUUGGAUGCAACAUUUGCCCGACCAACCCUGUGGGACGCCGACUUUGCUAACCAGCUGUCUUCUUCUGCGAACCAAAUGCCCCGAAAUGCCUUUGAGGAAAUGAUCCAGUGGACCAAAGAGGGGAAACUGUGGCAGUAUCCUAUUGACAAUGAAGCAGGCCUCGAGGAGGAGGCCAGUGUCCCUUUCCAUGAGCACGUCUUCCUGGACAAGCACCUGGAGGAGGGCUUCCCCAGGCAGGGACCAGUACGACACUUCAUGGAGCUUGUGGUGACCGGUUUGUCCAGAAACCCCUAUCUGACCGUCCAGGAGAAGAAGCAGCAUAUUUUCUGGUUCAGAGACUACUUUAAUCAAAAACAGGAUGUGCUCAAAGAGGCUGAGGUCUACCUUAACUAAAUUUUGGACAGUGUGAUGCAAUCUCUGAAACGACACAAAAGGACCAUUUUCUCUUUAGGCAGUGCGAACAAAAUUGUGUGUAGAAAGUCAAAUCAUGUAAAAGCUCUUAGAUGUAAUAAAUUGUAAAAAGCAACUGUAUUCUAAAAACAUGUAAUUCACUGUCCUCAUUCAGUUUCAUUGGAAAGUAGAGGUACAACUAAUAUUUAUGAAGGCUAACAGUCUGAAAGUGUGCAACAGAGGGAAGACUGUCAUGUUUUCAGUUGCAGUGGUAACGUCAUUAAAAUAACAUUGUUCAUGG